GACAGAUGCGAGAUGCUCUCAGUACCAGACUUCUUCCCUUCAAGUCUUCCCUUUUGACUUCUAAUAUAACCAAUCCCAUAGUUACGCGACAACACCAUGGCCCGCAUGAGACAUACCAGCCUUGUUCUUCUCCUUCCAUUCCUCAUUACCUAUGGGAUUGCUGAAGAUACCAAGCUGUCCGAAAGUCUCGUAGGCUGCGAUGAAGUCUCAUGUCCCAAGGAAAACAUCCAUGAUCGCUGCACAGUCGGCGACAAGACAUUUCUAGGCAUCGGUCUAUCUCGCAUCCCCAGCGUCCCCUCAACACUCGAAGGCCUGUCCCUGAUCAAGGGUGUCAAUGUCUCGGAAGGCGACGAGGGCAAGCGGGAGUUCAAUUCAGCAUAUUACCUCGGAACACCGUCUGCACUCGACGUCAACGGCUUAAGCGGCUGUGUUGUAACCUUCAACGACCCUCCUGAGAAACAAUUCGACGGCCCCAUAAAAACAGGCAAGGAUAGAAACGUCACGGAUGUACAGGCGGCACGCGGUACUUGUCCGGACGUCAUUGAGCAAAAGUGUAUCGAUACGCUUACGGAGCGGGCGCGCAGUGUUACCAAUGCCACUUCGAAUGAGGGCGUGUGCGCGGCGUUGGAGCGCGAGCUGGAAAGGAAUACAUUUGAGGGGUGUGGGAAUCUCGGGGGUAAGGGUAAGGGACUAGGAAACUUUACCGUUACCUCGUUUGGGAAUCUUUCGACCGUGAAGAAUUCGACCGAUUGUUGGCCUGUUAAGCCCAAAUCUGAUGGUUUGGCCCUGAUCACGGAGAAUACUGCUGUGGGAAACAACACGGCAGCUUCAAUGUACCGAGAGGCCUGGAAGAUCACCCCGGUGUUGACAGUAUUCGUUGGUAAGGGCAAUAAUAGCCUGGUGGAUAGAACCUCUUCGCAGAUGACAUGCUUAAAAGUUGUGACGGAAGAGAACCCCGAUGAGGAGGAGAAUGGCUCUGAGAGUUCGGCGUCUAUGUUCAGCGCCAGCCCGCAUGUAGCAGGUAUGGCCAUGCUAAUAGUUGCCGCCUGGGUAGCAUUCUAGAUGUAACUUAAAUCAGAUACGUCGAAGUGAUACC